AUGGCUCCUCGGGGCAUGCUGCUUGGACUAUUGAUAACCACCUGCUUCACCUUCUGUUUCAGUCAUCAGAACCAAGAGUUUGCGCUGAUCAAUUCAGAGAAGAGUACCACCAAAGAAACAGAGAGAAAGGAAACCACAGCAGAGAAGGAGCUGGACCCUGAAGUCCUGGAGGUGUUUCACCCGAGCCAAGAGUGGCAGGACCUUCCGCCAGGCCAGGCUGUCCCUGCAGGAUCCCAUGUGCGGCUGAAUCUCCAGACUGGGGCAAGAGAAGUGAAACUCCAAGAUGAAGACAAGUUUCAAAAUACCUUGAAAGGGUCAAAAAAAGGCAAAAGGCUGGACAUCAACACUAACACAUAUACAUCCCAAGACCUCAAGAGUGCACUGGAAAAAUUCAAGGAAGGGGCAGAGAUGGAGAGUUCAAAGGAAGACAAGGCAAGGCAGGCUGAGGUUAAACGUCUCUUCCGCCCCAUUGAGGAGCUAAAAAGGGACUUUGCGGAGCUGAAUGUUGUAAUUGAGACUGACAUGCAGAUCAUGGUACGGCUAAUCAACAAAUUCAAUAGUUCCAGCUCCAGCCUGGAAGAGAAGAUUGCUGCACUCUUUGAUCUUGAAUAUUAUGUCCACCAGAUGGAUAAUGCACAGGACCUGCUUUCCUUCGGUGGCCUUCAAGUGGUGAUCAAUGGGCUGAAUAGCACAGAGCCUCUGGUGAAGGAGUAUGCUGCAUUUGUGCUGGGGGCUGCCUUUUCCAGCAACCCGAAGGUCCAGGUGGAGGCCAUCGAGGGCGGAGCCCUGCAGAAGCUGCUGGUCCUCCUGGCCACGGAGCAGCCUCUCCCUGCGAAGAAGAAGGUCCUGUUCGCGCUGUGCUCCCUCCUGCGGCACUUCCCCUACGCCCAGCAGCAGUUCCUGAGGCUGGGGGGCCUGCAGGUCCUGAGGAGCCUGGUGCAGGAGAAGGGUAGCGAGGUGCUGGCCGUGCGCGUGGUCACCCUGCUCUAUGACCUGGUCACGGAGAAGAUGUUUGCUGAGGAGGAGGCCAGGCUGACCCAGGAGACGCCCCCGGAGAAGCUGCAACAGUAUCGCCGGGUGCCCCUCCUGCCGAGCCUGCGAGAGCAAGGCUGGUGUGAGAUCACUGCCCACCUGCUGGCGCUGCCCGAGCACGACGCCCGCGAAAAGGUGCUGCAGACCCUGGGCGCCCUCCUGGCCACCUGCCGGGACCACUACCAUCAGGACCCCCAGCUCAGCAGGACGCUGGCCAGUCUGCAGGCUGAGUACCAGGUGCUUGCUGCCCAGGAGCUUCAAGAUGGAGAAGACGAGGGCUACUUCUGGGAACUGCUGGGCUCUAUCAACAGUUUGCUGAAGGAGCUGAGAUGA